AUGACAAUAGAAUUAGAUGCUCUUAUCACCAAUGACACCUGGAAAGUCAUAUCAUUGCCCCCGGGAAAGAAGGCUUUACCCAAUAAAUGGGUUUACAAGGUAAAACUCAACUCUAACGGUUCUGUGGAGAGACUUAAAGCUCGAUUGGUUGUUAGGGGUGAUGUUCAAAAGGAAGGUGUUAAUUUUACUGAAACUUUCAGUCCAGUUGUGAAGAUUACUACUAUAAGGUGUGUUUUGGCAAUCGCUAUUAAGAAAGGGUGGGGUCUUUACCAAUUAGAUGUAAAUAAUGCUUUUUACAUGGCGAGUUGGAUGAAGAAGUUUAUAUGA